CCUGCCUGCUGCCACACGGAACCACUCAGCAGCUUGGCACGCCCCCCACCCACACACAUUCAGCACACCGCACUCCCUCUCAGUCGAUGCCGAGUGUCACCCACUGCCCCCGCUCGUCGAUGUGGCCCAGCUGCUGCCACCCACCAAACUCACAGUCGGCAUUGCGGAUGGUGGCCUCGCAAAGGGGAAUCUUGUGGGUGGCUUCGUCCCUGGCUCGCUGGGGUACCACCCGCCCGUCGUCCCUCUGUCGAUGUCCGCUGGUGGCAGAUGGCGGCAGAGGUAGUCGGUCACACAGGGAGCACCGACCUCAGCCGCCACGUGCAGAGGCGUCCAACCAACCCCAUCCACUGCGGUUAUGUUGGCGCCAUCGUCCACCAGGAGGUCGAGAUAUGAGUCGAUGAAAGCCUGCGUUAUGUUGGAUGAGCCGUCGAUAGAUCGACAGCAGCCGCUGCUCAUAGCGGGAGGACACACGAUGGCCGAUUCGGUCGAAGAUGCAAGUGGGCAGCUCCAUGGUGUAGGAAAUAACAGCGCACCACCAGGACCCUCACAGCAUUCUCAUUGCCAUAAGAGAUUGCCAUCCUGAUAGGUUCGCUGUCAUAAAAGGUCGGCGGUGGGUUUGUGUAGGCGCCUCCGUCGAUAAGGGCAUUCAUUAUGGCCGCCUCGAGCUCAGGAGACGACCACUGAGGCAACGCGACGUACUGCCGACCAAAGACGCACGCGACGGUGGGCAUGGUGUUGGCAUUCACCACAUUGUCGAUGGCGAGAGAGAGCAGCCCAUACCGCUCCCCCCGAGCGCCAUGCCAACACCCGCAGUCGCAGUCAUCGCUACCCCGCACACAGCUCGCGAUAACGGCGGUCCUGCUCAGUGGCUGUGGGAAUGCGGCUGAUGUCUGCACCGCUUCUCAGCAAGCUGCGGAUGGUGGCCUCGCGAAGGGGAAUCUCGCUGCUGGCUUGGUCUCUGCUGUCUUGCGGGCUGUCAUCGUCCUGCGACCUCUCAAUCGCUCCGGCGAGACUGAUGGCGGCCAAGAAAAGCGGCGUCCGGUUGGGAUCGUCCGUCGUCCCUCUGUCGAUGUCCGCUGGUGCAACAUGGCGCCCAAGAUAGUCGGCCACACAGGGAGAGCCCCAGUAUGCUGCCUCGUGCAGAGCAGUCGAUCCACGCCUAUUGGCUGCCAUCGUAUCGGCCCCAUUGUCCACCAGCAGCUCGAGAUAUGCAUCGAUGGCGCGCUGCGAGUAGAAGCCCAGCUCGUGCUGGGCAGCAACAUGGAUCAGAUUGCCAAACUCCGGGUCUUGUUCGGUUGCGAGUGUGGGGUCGUGCUGGAUGAGCCGCCGGUAGAUCGACAGCAGCCGCUCCUCAUAGGCGGGGGACACCUGGAUUCGGUCAGAGAUGGGGGGCGUGGGCAGCGCCAAGACUAAGGAAGGGCCAUGAGGAUGGCGCAACGCAGCAUCCCGCGCCAAGAGAACCCUCAAGGCCUCCUCGUUUCCCAAACGGAUUGCCAUCUUGAUGGGCCGGUCGUCCGAAUAAGCCGGCUCGUUGAUGUCGGCGCCUCCGUCGAUGAGGGCAUUCAAGAUGGCCGCCUCGAGCUCAGGCGACGACCAAUAAGGCAACGUGAGUGCGCAGCGUCGACCAUGGACGAAGCCGAAGUCCACUGUCGGCACAGCGCUGCCAUUCGAAUUGUCGAUGGCAAGCGAGACCAGCCGAUGCCGCCCUGUACGAAAGCGAUGCCGAGACCCGCAGCUGCAUUCCUCGCCACUCAGCAUCCGCAGCCGGACCUGAUGGUUCGGGUCGGCACCAUUGUGGAUGAGGUCCGUCACUUUCUGCGCAUCACUGAAGGUCCGACGAAUAAUGCCCUCAGCCAGCUGUCGGGUGGCUUCGCUGGUCUUGUCGGCCCAGUAGCCAAUGUCGAUGUCCUCGAGCCGCAGACAGUCAACAGACUGCUGGCCUUCCGCACUGCCAGAGGCCAUCCCUAACGCGGCCUGCACACACAUCACACGCAAAAGGCAGAUCACACACGCGGGUUGCCUCUCUCUCUCUGUGGACCCAUUCGCACCUUAUUAAUAUCAAUGAGUGUUGGUGCGUCGAGUCGGUUCUUCCUUGCCGUCAGCCCGGAUGGUUACCGAGAGAUCAGUGCUCAGGAGGAAGGCCACGACCAAGAUGUCCUGCAAAGCACACAGAACGACGCACAAUGUGUGUCAUGCUUGUGAUUUCAGCCCUCUUUGCCUCCCCUUCUCGCACCUCAGGUGAGGCAAAGCUCCGGACAGAGUUUAUUGCGUGUGAUUGACAACAUCUCGGCACUCUUACCGAUGCCUCACAGCGCCACCCUGUCAUUCAUCAUUCCCCUGAGUUUAGGGUUUAAGGGUUUGAAACCCGGCAACACCUCGGCGUUUGAUUUUCAGUCUGAAUGGAUGGAUGGAUCGACACGUCUCCCUCCUGGUUUGCAGGAGAAUGAAUCCACAGCAGUCAGCCACACCAGCCACACCACACCACACCGAGCACAAAGAGCACACAGACAGCUCACAUUGAAAAGAAAAAGGUCAAAAAGAACCGACCGUAGGAAGUGGGAUGGUGUUGGUGUUGGUGCUGGUGUGGAUGUGUGUCAUUCAUUCAUGAGACCGACAGAUACGUACGCAGAGGGAACGAUGGACGGGGAGGCGUGAUCUGCCGCAAAAACUCAGUGUUGGCCUUCGUGGUGGAUGGAUGGAUGGAUGAGACGCAUCAGCUCCUCCCUCGGCAAAAGAAACAAAAAUGGGGCAAAACAUCCACACGCGCGCACACACGACGACAGCGACAAGAAACACACCACAGCCACCUGUCCAUCUCUCUC